AUGCCUCUCAAAAUCCUCAUAUGCGGCGCCGGCAUCGCAGGCAACGCCCUUGCGUUCUGGCUCUCCAGACUAGGCCACUCCAUCACCGUCAUCGAGCGAACCCCUUCCCUCCGAACUUCAGGAUUACAGAUCGACCUACGUUCACCGGGAAUUGAAGUCCUCCGUCGGAUGGGCCUGGAGGAAGCCUUCCGAAAGAAAACCGUUGCCGAGCAAGGCCUGCGUCUAGUCGAUAAGAAGGGGAAGGAUUGGGGGUUUUUUCCUGCAAAUAGAUCCGGGGAGGGACUUCAGAGUUUCACGACUGACUACGAGAUCAUGAGGGGUGAUAUGUGUCAACUGUUGUUCGAUGCUUGUAAGGACAAGGUCGAUUUUAGGUUUGGGUGCUCUGUUGUUGGUAUAACCCAGAGUGAGAGCGAGGUGGAAGUUCUGUUUUCAGACAGCAAUGUUGAAAAGUUCGACCUUGCCGUUGGAGCAGACGGCCUAUGGUCACGAACAAGAAGACUUAUGCUCGGCGUUGACGUUGCCAACGAUGAUGCGAAUCCAGGCUACCACCCGAUAAACGUCUAUGCAGGAUACUGCACAAUUCCGCAGGCUGUCGGCGCAGGCGAAGGAUACAAUGCCACUGCUUUCCUUACCACCGGCGGGCGGGGAAUCAUGACCCGGCGCCACGAUCCACAGUGGUACCAGGCGUACGUCCUCUGCAACCCUGCGUCGUCUGUGCGAUUACAAACUGCUGAGAGGGGCGACGUCGAGGCAGAGAAAUAUGGAAUGGCCGACGUAUUCCGCGGGGCAGGUUGGGACUGUGAUCGGAUUCUCCAGGGUGUUGUUGACUCUGAUGACUUCUACUGCGAGCGCAUGGGCGUCAUCAAAUUGGAUCAGUGGUAUCGCGGGCGUGUUGCGCUGGCUGGUGAUGCAGCGCAUUCACCCUCUGCGAUGACUGGGAUGGGUACAUCAAGCGCCAUGGCCGGGGUGUAUAUCCUUGCUGGGGAGAUCGGCCGGCACUGUGGAGCAGCUUCAGGUAGUUCUAAACAGAACAUCACCGCUGCCUUCGAGGAGUAUGAUCGGAAGUUCAGACCUUUUAUGGACGAGGUUCAGAAAGGGCUGACGGACAGGGAGAACUAUAUGGACAGAUUUCCCUCCUCGUCGUUCGGAAUUGGCUGUCUAUAUUAUAUGUUCUGGAUUGCCUCGUUACUGAGACUGGAUGUUUUCGCUCAAUGGCUGCUGCGAGAGCGUGUCUCGGGCUGGGAGCUGCCCAAGUACCCAGAGAUGGAUGUGAAGAAGAGUAAUUGA